CCAAAAUCAACACCAAAAAAUCCUCUCUCAAACAAAAAAAUCGGCCCCAAUUGAAAAAACUUCCAAACAUAGUCCUCAAAUAGUCUCUAUAAAUUCAUUCAAUCACAUAUCUCAAAUCAAAACCAUCCAAUUCAGCCAUGGAGUCCAAAAAGUCCCAUAUUAAGAUUGAAAGAUCAUUGAUUUGUGUACUUGGAGUCCUAGUGUUGAUUUUAGGAGAAUGCAGUACGUGCAUAGAAGGGCGAGGUGGGAACAAGAAUAAUAAGAAGUAUGAGACGGAUGGUCAAGUGGUGUGUAGUGCUCGGAAACACAGCGCAGUUUUGACGGAGUUUGGUGGCGUAGGCGACGGAAUCACUUCCAACACUAAAGCCUUCAAGGCCGCCGUUGAUCAUCUCAGCCCCCUCGCAUCGGACGGUGGAGCACAGCUGAUUGUUCCUCCCGGUAAAUGGUUAACCGGCAGCUUCAAUCUCACCAGCCACUUCACUCUUUUUCUCCAUAAAGAUGCCGUUAUUCUUGGCUCCCAGGAUGAGUCAGAAUGGCCAUAUGUGGAGCUUUUGCCUUCUUAUGGAGUAGGAAGAGAUGCCCCAAACGCAAGGUUCAGCAGUCUAAUUUACGGAACAAAUCUCACUGAUGUCGUUAUUACUGGUCAUAAUGGGACCAUUGAUGGGCAAGGUUCAACAUGGUGGACCAAGUUCCGAGCUGGUCAGCUAAAUGCAACGAGGCCGUACUUGAUUGAGAUCUUGUACUCUGAUCAAGUCCAAAUCUUCAAUCUCACUUUGAUCGAUUCUCCUUCUUGGUUUGUUCAUCCCAUUUACUCAAGCAAUGUAGUAAUCCAAGGACUCACAAUUCUUGCCCCAAUUGACUCUCCUAACACAGAUGGAAUAGACCCUGAUUCAUGUACAAACACUCGAAUUGAAGACUGUUUCAUAGUCUCCGGCGACGAUUGCAUCGCCGUGAAGAGCGGUUGGGAUCAGUACGGAAUCAAAGUGGGAAUGCCAACCGAACACCUCGUCAUCCGACGUGUCACGUGCAUUUCCCCCGAUAGCGCCACCAUCGCGCUCGGCAGCGAAAUGUCCGGCGGAAUCCGAGAUGUGAGAGCCGAAGACAUCACGGCCCUGAACACCCAAUCCGCCGUGAGGAUCAAAACGGCGCCGGGUCGUGGGGCCUACGUCAAGGACAUCUUCGCCCGGAGAUUCAUCAUCAAGACCAUGAAGUACGUGUUUUGGAUGACCGGCUCGUACAACUCCCACCCUGACAAGGGUUACGACCCGAAAGCUAUGCCGGAGAUAAGCGCCAUAAACUACAGAGAUUGGGUGGCGGAAAACGUGACUUAUCCGGCGAGACUGGACGGAAUCAAUGGAGACCCGUUUAAGGGGAUCUGCAUAUCGAACAUGGCGAUGACACUGGCACAACCGGUGAAGAAGCUGUUGUGGAAUUGCAGCAAUGUGGAGGGGCAUACUAGUAAUGUUACACCUAAGCCAUGCAGUUUGUUGCCUGAGAAUCCAACCAAGUUUGAUUGUCCAUUUCCUGAGGAUAAGUUGCCCAUUGAAGAUGUUCCUUUAAAGACUUGUUCGUACUAUUCCUAGCUUGCUUUUUACAUAACAUGCAUGUUUCUAUUAAUUAGUGUGGGAGUGCCUAUCAUUAUUAAAUAGAAUGAUAUAUAUGAUCCAAAAGAAGAAAAAUGCAUGCAUGGUUGUGACGGCUAUCUACAUAAAAUACUCAUUUAUUUGAAUGAAUUGAAAUAUUCUUUCAUUUCAUUAAAUUUGAUGUCUCUGUUGUCAUUUUAAAUAAUUAACAUUUUUUCUGGUGAAUUUUCACACUAUCAAA